AUAUAUUGCGCAUUGCGACAAAAUGUUUCAUAUAUAAUGCUGAAAAUUCUGUACUGGUCUGAAUAUGUAACCUUGUGAUUAUAUUUUUAGUGGAAUAAAAUAAAAAUGGCGGAUAAUCUGACAGAAGACCAAAUAUUUGAAUUUAAGGAGGCUUUUGGAUUGUUUGACAAAGAUGGCGAUGGGACGAUCACAACAAAGGAGCUUGGCACGGUCAUGAGGUCACUGGGCCAGAAUCCCACCGAGGCCGAACUCGAGGACAUGAUUAACGAAGUGGAUGCAGACGGAAACGGAACUAUCGAUUUCCCAGAAUUCCUCACAAUGAUGGCGAAAAAGAUGAAAACUGAUGAUGACGGAGAGGAAGAAAUUAGAGAGGCGUUUCGUGUGUUUGAUAGAGAUGGUAACGGGCUUAUUAGCGCGGCUGAACUUCGCCAUGUAAUGACAAAUUUGGGAGAGAAGUUGACAGAUGAAGAAGUUGACGAAAUGAUCAAGGAAGCUGACGUUGAUGGAGACGGGCAAGUCAAUUACGAGGAAUUUGUCCGCAUGAUGGCAGGGGCAGGGGCAGGAAAAUUAGGAAAAUAACAGAGGAACACGGAAAGGAAAUGCAAAACUUUGCACCGCACUGCUGAGCGGUACUCUUUAAAAUGAAUGUAACUAUGCCUGGCUUCGUCUCUACAUAUAAAUACACAAAAGUG